AUGAUUGUAGAAAGUGAUGAUGAGCACAAGGAUUGCAUUGUGGGCAUGCAAAUGACCCUCAAUGCUUCGGAUUGUGUGCAGCCGUACUUGGCAAUACAAUUACAUAUUUUCAAGAAAGAUUUAUGCCUGUUUUUUAUCUACAGCUAUGGAUUAGGCAGUCGUAUUAAAUUAGCUUACACAAGGAAAAUAAUCGAUGCCAUCCACUCGGGGGCCCUUCUGGAAGCAAAAUACACAAAAACUGAAGUUUUUGGACUUCAGAUCCCAACUGAAAUUGAAGGGGUGCCAUCAGAAAUCCUAGAUCCUGUCAAUACAUGGGCUGACAAGAAGGCAUAUGAGAAUACGUUGAUGAAGUUGGGAGGUUUAUUCAAGAAGAACUUUGAUGUGUUCUUGAACUACAAGAUUGGCGCUGACAACAAGCUGACCGAGGAGAUCCUGGCAGCAGGACCAAAUUUCUAAUGUUGAAUCCAUGAAAAGAGAGACUAAAAUAAAUGAGAAUAACACGUAACUAGUUAUUCGUGCCUUUUAUAUUAUAUGCCUAAUUGAUUAUAUUAUAAAAUCCAGAUAUGCAUGGACAAUGUAGCAUAACUUUGUUUAUUUGAUUAUAUUCUCUCUACUGUGCUAGAAGUCCUGAACGGGUUUUUAUUAUUA